UUUCAGUUCUGAGAUAACGAAACGUAUCGGGCGAAGUUGCUGCACUCUUAUGUGUUUCUUCUGUUUCUGUGUACAUGUGGUGAAAUGGCAGAAGCCAGCAUUUUAUGGACUCGGGAGCAGUUCAUUUGUCCAGUGUGUCUUGAUCUUCUAAAGAAUCCAGUGACCAUUCCCUGCGGACACAAUUACUGUAUGACAUGUAUUUCGGACUGCUGGGAUCAUCAGGAUCAGAAGAUUUUCUACAUCUGCCCACAAUGCCGACAGAAGUUCACUCCAAGACCUGCUUUAAAUAAAAACACCAUGCUGGCUGAAGUGGUGGAGAAACUCAAGGAGACUCAAAUAAAAGCUGCAGUUCCCACUGACACUGGACCUAGAGAUGUAAAGUGUGACGUCUGUAGUGAAACAAAACUCAAAGCCGUCAAGUCCUGUUUAGUAUGUCUGAACUCUUACUGUCAAGGCCACCUUCAACAGCAUGAGAGUUUUUUUAAGGAUAAGGGACACUAUUUGAUGGAUGCCACUGGACGACUUCAGGAGAUGAUCUGCCCUCAACAUGGUCGACUGCUAGAGGUUUUCUGCCGCACUGACCAGCACUGUAUUUGUAUGCUGUGUACGAUGUAUAAACAUAAAAACCAUGACACUGUCUCAGCUGCAACAGAGAGAUCGGAGAAAGAGAGACACUUGAAAAACACUCUGCUAAAGUACCAGCAGAGAAUCUACGAGCGAGAAAAGGACAUCCAGAAGCUUAGAGAUGCUGUUGAGUCUCAUAAGCACUCUGCACAGGCAGCAGUGAAGGAAAGCGAGAUGAUCUUUUCUGAGCUGAUCCGCUCUAUUAAGAAAAACCGCUCUGAUGUGACACGGCUGAUCAGAGAUCAGGAAAGGGCUGUGGUGAGUCAAGCUGAAGGACUCUUGGAGAAAUUGGAGCAGGAGAUUGCUGAUCUGAGGAGGAAAAACGCUGAGCUGGAGCAACUUAGACAUACAGAUGAUCACAUCCAUUUCCUGAAGGGAUUUCAGUAUCUGUCUGCACCUCUUGAACCGACAGAGAGAAUUACUGUCACAUCACCUCUCUCUGUUAACGAUGUAAGACAAUCUAUCUGUCAAAUGAGAGAGGUAAUAGAAAAGUUUUGUAAAGAGGAAAUCCAAAGGAUUUCUGUUAAACACAUCAACAUUGUUCUGAGAACCAGAAAGGACUUCCUACAACAUUCUCAUCAGUUCACACUUGAUCCAAACACAGUAAAUAAACACAUUCAUCUGUCGGAGGGGAACAGAUUGGCCAUAUACACGGACACAGUCCAGCGGUAUCCUGAUCAUCCAAACAGAUUUGAUGUUUAUUAUCAAGUGCUGUGUGGAGAAGGUGUGUGUGGAUGCUGUUAUUGGGAGGUGGACUGUCAAGGUGAUGUGGGUAUAUCAGUGUCAUAUGAACAAAUCAGUCGCAAGGGAACAGAUACAAAGUGCUUGUUUGGAUGUAAUGAUCAGUCCUGGAGUUUGUUCUGCUCCUCUUCCAGAUACUCAUUCAGGAGCAAUGAUAUGGAGACUGAUCUGCCUGUUUUCUCCAGAUACUCUAGAAUAGGAGUGUUUGUGGAUCACAAAGCAGGAACUCUGUCCUUCUAUGGUGUCUCUGACACAAUGACCCUCAUCCAAAGAGUUCAGACCACAUUCACUCAGCCUCUCUAUCCUGGGUUUAGGCUGUACAGUGGAUCAGCGGCAAAACUCUGUGAUUUAACAAUGUAGAAUAUUCCUACAUGGCUUUAAUCAGUAACAGUAAGAUGUCAUCGUGUUCACAUUCAUGAGAUUUCCAAGGGCUCUCAUUCAUGAGGUCUGAGUUUUAACCUAGUUAUUUUAUUUACAAAAGUAAGAACAUAGUAGCCUAUGUACAUGAGUAUCAGGACUUUAAAAUAAAGUGCUACCGAUAUUUUCGAUGACCUAAAACCACCCACGCCUCCUUGAAUGUGGUCACAUCUCUUUCAGAAUAUACAUUUCAACUUUAGCAUGUUGCAUUUGUGACACACCAAUGCCACACAAAGCUAAUGACAUUUGACCCUGCGUUAUGUUAUCGACUGGGACUAUGAUUGAAUUUCUGUCUGGUCCUCGCACAAACCAAUAUUUCUGGACCAAACCAUAUUUUUUUUAUCCACUUGUUCCUUGUUUUAUUGUUGAGAAGUAGUUACUGUAGGCAUGCAUAGGGUUUGGGUUAUGUAUUCAAAAGUAUAUCUAAAUAUCUGGAAGUAGAGUGGUGGAGGUGUGGAUCUAGGUUAAUUGCCGCUUUUAUUCAAAUGAACAAAGAUGAUCUGACAACUAAAGACACAGGAUAGUGAGAAAUUAACUAAACGUGCAAUGUAAAUAAACCUUAACCAAGGAAACGUAGUGGGAAACAAUGGAACUACUUUAAAUUAAGAGUCCUAGGGGGACACAGAAUCACGUGGAACUUAAGAAAUAAUUGUGUAAUGUAACAAUUUAUUUUGGCUGUUCAAACUGAAAAUCAUCAGCAUGGAAAUAAGUGUUUGUAUGUACUGUAUGUUUUUUUAAAAUUUUAUUCAAUUUAAAAUAAAAAUAAAAUAACUCAUCCACAUAGUGCUGAAUUCA